AUGGUGGACUUGACCGGAUACUGCCCAGGCAGCUUCUUGCAGGAGAGCCUAUUUCCCACGGUUGGUGGUUUCAUCGAUGGACGCUACUGUGAAGACAUUGCUCUUACCGCAAAUGAGACGAUAUCAUGCUGCCUACCAUGCCCUCUCGCCAAUUGGCGAUAUGCCGAUAACAUUGCGCAACGAGUCGAAGUUGCUAGUUGGAUCAGUGUCGCCAUUCUACCUCUCUGUGUCUUUAUUCUGAUCUCAUACGCUGUCCUUGCACCCAAAUGGACCAAUCGUCAUUACGCGAGUAUAUGCUUUACUCUGGGUAUCUGCUGCAUGGAGAUUGCAUUCAUUGUCCCCCUCGGCGCCAAACCCAACCAAUGUUACAAUGAUAUCACACCUAAUGAUAUGUACUCCGAUAUUGCAUGUGCCUUUUCUGGUUCAUUAUUACUAUUUGGCGGUUGGAUGGUCGUUAUAUGGAGUUUCAUUCGGACGAUCGCGUUCCACGUGCAAGUAUGCUGGGAAGUUGUAUUGGGGCCAAAAUUCAUGUGGGGGGCCUUCGCGGGUGGAUUUGGUAUACCUGCCAUCGGACUCGCCAUCAUGCUAAAGUUGACGGGAGUGUCUUACCGAUUCGGUGACAUCUGCCAUAUCAACAUCGACAAUGGACUAAAGGAUUACUGGAUUCCGAUCAUGACCUUCUCAUCCGCCGCCUUAGUGCUUCAGGUAUCGACCAUGGCCUACUGCAUGCACAUCUACCUGCGCUCAUUAUUCGACAAAUCCGCCUCAAGCUCAGAGAACAACUCGGGUCUACCCACCUACUCCUCCAGCAUCCGAACGGUCUCCGCCCGCCAGGCCUGGCGUCGUCUCCAACGCGUCCUCCAGCUCCAAUGGCGCGGAGUCGCACUAGUGCUCAUCAUCCUCGGCAACGUCAUCUUCUUCGCAGUCGUCUUCAUCGAUCUAGACCGAGAAGUCAACCCCACGCCAUCCAACAUCAAGAAAGCCGCGCCCUGGCUCCUCUGCCUAGCCUCAGGCGAAAGCAGAGAGAAAUGCCAAAGCCACGCCGCAAACAUGGGACCCAACAAAGCCACCUUACUCGCCAUGGUCUACCUCCUCUCGCUAGUGGGAUUCUGGAACUUCAUCCUCUUUGCGCGACCACUCAUGUUCGCCGGCUGGAUGGACCUCUUCCGUCGCGGUUUCGCACGACGUCACGAGUUCAUUUCGGUGGACGCUAGUGAUCGCUACGCUAGCAAGGAAGGAUUCGAGAUGCUGACCACCACCGCCAAGACCCCGGAGCCUUACACAUACAAUAUGCGAUCGCCCAGCCCCGCCCGCAUGGCCGGUCGAAGUCGGAGCCCGGUGGCUAGCCCCAGCCCGACCUUUGAUCGAAACGUACAUUUCGGCCAGGAGGCGCAGUACGUACCUCCUACCACGAGUUUCUCGGGUCCUCGUGCCCCUGGGUCGGCGCACACUAGUCGCGAUUGGGAUCCUUCAACAACAUUUGCAAGGAGUAAUUAA